AUGAGUGAUUCAGAUGAUUCAUUAAAGAAAUAACACCAACUUCCGUAAAAUUUUGGUGAAAUUAUUGAUUCAGAUGACGAGAACUGGAUGCCUCCUAAGAAGAGUUACAGUUAACUCGAGGAAUUUGAACCUUCGAAAUUCAACAAGAACAUAGUUGCAUUAGAUUGGGAUUUUAAUAAAGUGUUUGUAAAAUAACUCCAAAUUGAAGCCUUGGAGGAUCCAACUUGGAGAGCCUAAGUCAUCAAAUAAUUUGAGAUACAUCCAACUUUAGAUCACCCCAAUAUUGUUAAAGUUAAAGAGCAGAAUUACGAGGAGAAAAAAAUCGUAUUGGAGUUCUUAAACGAGGCCAACUACUUCAAAAAAGCAAUUCUAGAAUAAGCACGCCCUAUAACAAAUAUGAUUAAAUUAAGAUCUUACAUAUAAGAUAUAGCGGAAGGACUCAGCUAUUUGCAUAACUUAAACUAUGUUCAUAUGGAUAUUAGAAUAGAGACUUUGCAUUGUACAAGAGGACUAGAGGAUCUAAUUAGAACAGUUAAACUUGGAGAUUUUGGGAAUAUCUAAAGAAAGGGGGACAUUCUAGAUGCCUUUCAUUACGAGUUCAUCAAAAAAAGAUAGCCAAUGCUACCGCCUGAAUUAGCUAUAGGUUCAUAAGCAGAUCCUAAAAUGGACAUCUGGUGUUUUGGCAUAGUGAUUCAUCAAAUGAUCAUGGCUUAUUCACCUAAUUUGAUGCCAUAAAACCAGAAUCAACCAACUAAGAUAUCAUUUGCAAAAGCACAUUGGAAUAAAUACGAAGUAGAGCUUUUCAAACUGGUGAAGAGUAUGCUGUAAAUCAAUGCAAAUGAUAGACCAUCAGCAUAGCAAAUACUAUAAAUUCCAUGGCUUUAAUGAUAUAUAUAUCUAUAAAAUUAAAGUAACCAAAUCUAUUGACUCUUCAA